AUGGCCGAGAAGGAGGCGGCUGAGGAGAAGCCGAAGCCUGACGGUAAGCCUAAGGAUGGUGAGGCUGCACCUGCACCUGCAAAAGUUAUAGUUCCUAGCGAAUCGUUAGGCUCGAAGGACCACGGCACGGGCGAAUGCAAGCCCUGUGCGUGGUACUGGAAGCCUCAAGGCUGCCGCAACGGCAAGGACUGUGCUCACUGUCAUAUGUGUGACAAGGAUGAGCUCAAGAAUAGGAAAAAGAGGAAGACUGCGCAAAAGAAGCCUGCUCCAGCGAAGAAGGAUGCAGAUCGGCGCUCUAGAUCUGCGGAACGCCGCCGACCAGAUGCGCCUUAUGAGCCACAGAAUGGCCACGACAGCUACCGGGCAUACUAUGAGCGUGCUUACGGUACACCACCCCCAAAUCCGUACUACUACCCGCCUCCUCCCCACGGCUACCCUGCACCAGUCCCACCCUAUGGCUAUCCCCCGCAGUCACCUUACGCCUACUACGCCCCCCCACCGGCUUAUGGCUAUCCACCGCCAGGGCCAUACGGCUAUCCUCCACCGGCCUAUGGCGCAGCCUAUACCCAUCCACCAGCACCCUCACCAGGCGGCGCCUAUGAACCCCCGCCAGGAGGCGCUCCUGGCGCCCGAGACCGGUCGUAUAGUCGCGGACGUGACUACAACCGCAGGCCAAGCCGCGGGCGCAGCGACAGUGGUGACUACAGCCGCAGCCCAACUCCAAGUCCCAAAAGAAGACGGCAUUGA